AUGUCUCUUAUACGUGCUUUAAAUGAAUCAGAUAUGAUUGCCACAGCUCGAAUUCUCGACUUAUUUCCCAAUGAAGUCUUUUGCCGAGAUAAUGAAGAUCGAGUAGCAUUACAUUACGCAGCUGAAACAGCCGACCCCGAAACAUUUAAACGAAUUCUCGAAAUGGAUAAUUCAUUAAUUCAUUGCCAAGAUCAAAAUGGUUACACAGCACUACUAAUUGCAUCGAUGAGCGGAAAUGUACCGGCCAUUAAAUUAAUGAUAGAAAAUGGUAUUCAGAUUAAUCAUGUCGAUAAGGAUAAGCAUUCUGCUGUACAUUGGGCUGUUGUUUGCGGACAGUUGGAAGCAUUGAUGACAUUAUUGGAGAGCGGUGCUAAAGUUGAUUGUGUCGACAAUCAGGGAGCACAAGCAGUGCAUUAUGUAACAGCUGCAGAAGAUAUUUCAUUGGAACGUUGUGAAGCAAUGUUAUAUGUCUUAUUAAAGUAUAAGGCUAAAGUGAAUGCGCGAGAUAUUGAUGGUAGGACACCAAUAUUAUGGGCUGCAACUUACGGAAAUCUGGAAAUUGCUAUCACCCUAUCACAAAUUGGAGGCGAUAUGUAUGCCGUCGAUAGGGAUCAAUUGGGUAUGAUACAUUGCGCUGCAAGCCAUGGCCAUGCACACAUCAUCGAAUAUCUCAUCAAUACUCUGGAUCCGUCUAUUGUUAAUUCGGUAGAUCGGAAUGGUGACACUGCAUUAUUCUAUGCUGUAACUUUGGGACAUUAUGAAUGUGCGCGAUUACUUCUACUCAAUGGAGCUGAAGUGAAUCAUCAAGAUCGUCAUCUUCGACGUCCAGCUCACUGUGCUGCAGCAAAAGGUCAAUUAAGAAUGCUUAAAUUAUUGAAACAUUUCGGUGGAAGUUUCGAAAUUGAAAAUCGACGAGGGGAUUUACCUAUACAUGAAGCUGUCCAGGCCGGUGCGAAAGAUUGCGUAGAAUAUUUGCUCGCUUUGCAUCCAUCAUCAAUAAAUAUAUCAAACCAUGAAGGAAGAACCGGAUUGCACUUGUCUGCUGCUUCCGGAAACAUGGAAAUGGUGAUUUUAUUGUGCACUCGAAAUGCCGUCAUUAAUCCGUUGAUGAUAUAUCAGGAUACACUCUUGACACCAUUAGAUUUGGCGAUACAGAAGAAUCAUCAACUAAUUGUGGAAUAUUUACGAUUACGACAAGGUGCUAAAAUAGCUGAGGAAUUGUCUGAGGAAACAAGAAGACAAACAAAAUUACAUCUAAAGGAUCUAAUAUUAGAAAAAGCACGAGAGGAUAAAGAGAAAUGCGGCAUCUUACCGAAUGGAAAUCGAAUGGCAGUAACAGAUACCGACAAUGCGAAUAGAAUUGAAGGUGUAUGUCAAGAAACUCAAACAUCAAUGCAGGUUUAUCGAGCUGCAGCUACUAACACUUCGAGGCCUGAAUCUCGUAAUAAUACCAAUAUUCUAAAAACUUAUCACUCUAUUUCACCUGUACAACAAUUUCGAUCUAAAGUUGCAAGCAUUGCAGAUCUCGAACAAUACGUACCUAGAAAACAACUGCAAGAAGUUUCUGAGUGUUUAAAAAAUGUUUACUACAAAAAUGAGGAAGUUAGAGAAGUGAACGACGACGGUUGGCAAUACAGCAAUUGCUGGACAUCAGAAGAUGAUGACAUGAAUGUUGAAGAUGCGAACAGAAGAAAGGGGAAAUCAUCAAGGAAUAUACUAAACAAAUCAAAAAAUGACUAUCGUCUUCAACUGAAGCAGUUGAAGGAGAAUGAUCGUUCGUAUGGAAAAAGUGAGAGAGGAGAAAAGAUGAAGAAAAAAUUUGUGCAAGUGACAAGAAUUGAUGAAAAUUUGAGUGGCAAUGAUAAUGAUAAUAAUGAGAAGCAAAUUAAUGAUAAGCCAGAAAGUGGCAGUAUUUAUGGAAUGAGUGGUAUGUCACAUUUAAGUAAGCAAUUAAUUUCCAAUAAGUGGAUCGGUCGAGACUAUGCACACGAAGAAGCUAUUUUUAAUGAACUUACACAUUUGAAGAAGACACAAUUGCAGUAUGGUAAAGUAAAGGAACAAAUAUUGGUCCGGUCACUAAUUAAUAAUUUCUGUAAAAUGUACAGUCUUAACCCGGCAUACUUGAAAUUUAACACUUUUCAUGCAUGGGAAAAAUUUCUUUGUGAUCAGUUGAAAUUGCUAUAUUUAAAAGAACGGAAUCAUAUACUCAAUUCACAUCACCCGCACUAUUCAUCUGUCAACAAAUGUAAAACAAGCCUGCAACGAAAACAAGUAUAUCAAGACAACACGAUAUUAAAUACUAUCACGGAAGGUACACGUUCGGCUCAUAGUGAUUCAUCUCAAACCAUAUUAUAUACACGUGAAAAGCGUUGUAAUUGCUUGUAUAAUAGAUAUGAUUUGCUGUAA